AUGCAAACGCCACCUCCAACGAGGGACGCUUCGUCUAGGAGGAGCGUGCAACAAAGUGGCGGAACUGAGGUAGCCACUCCAGCUACUGUGGUGCAUAGAACGCCCAGCCAAUUGCCGGAAUCAUCAGGCGGACUUUUCAACCAGACUCCGUAUGGUUUCGCCGACUUGCAGUACACUCCGCACAUGAUGCAGUUUCCCAGCCAUGGGCCAAUGUCUGCGCCGCCUAUGCCUCAAUCAAAGCUGUUCUGGGAUCCAGCUAACGAUGGCAUGCAAAUGGAUCUAGAUGUACCGCUAGGCGUUGAUCCCUUUGGUCCUACCCCACAUAGGCCACAGCACGAUAUGAACUGGCAGGCGAUGAAUCAAGCUAACAUGAUGCAAACGCCGGCAUUCCAAAGCUUUCAAGCGUCUCCCAUGCCAGCGUCUUUUGCAAAUACACCAUCACAGAGACAAGGUUCAAGACCUGGCUCGUUCGUGUAUACGUCUGCUGGUGUUGACCCCAACAUGCUGCUCAGCUUCUCGAAUCCCGACAUGACUUCUUCUUUUGGGAACAUGCCAGAUCAUCCCUUUCUGGACAUGUCACGGCAACCGUACGAGACACAAUUGCGCGAUGCACAAAACGAGAGGGAGAUGGCGAAGAAGUCAAGGAGCCAGCAUUCGCGCAGCAACACAGCUUCUUCAACCGGAUCGGCAGAGAACGCCAAACCUGUACUGCAGCGAAGCAAUACAGACGGUGGAAUAAUGGCAGCCAAAUCACUUGCGAUGGAUCCUCGGACAUCAAUUCCAGCCAAUGCAUCAACGAUACCCCGUCGUUCAUCACCGCUGAAGCGUCAAGGCGGCGGAGCGCUCAAAUCGAUACCGGAGCUGAGAAGACCUCGGACAAGACUCAUCAUCGACGAGACAGGUCGAGCUCGGACAGAGACUGUGCAUGCUGGAGAUGACGAAGAGACUCCCAAGAAUAAGCGGCAGACAUCUCAGCAAGAUCUUAGACGCCAAUAUCCUGGGCUUUAUGAGGAUGAUGAAAGCGAAUCUGAAGACGACGAGCCGGCUCCGGUCAUCAGUCGGAACUCUUCUUUCGCCAUACCACAACCUGAACGCCGAGCUGCGAAACACGCUCGAGCAGAUAGCGGCGGACUCGAAAGACCCGCUUCCUUCAAGAUGGCACGAUCCGUCUCUGCCUCAAGGGUUGCACCUGAUGCUCUCUCCAAGGCCUCAUUUGAGCUUCUUAGAUCCACGCGGAGGUCCGCCACCGACAAUAACACCACCCGUCGAUUCAGCGCAAUGGAACGUCCUAUGUCUUCCGCUCACCCCGAGGACCACCACAUGCCCGACUCCCCCGGCGACGCCCUAGGUGCCCUGAAAAAGGUCGUAGGCGCUCGCCAACAACGCAUUGGUAGGAUAGCCACGCGCUGA